AUGUGGGGCUCCAACUACGAAACCAAUGCCCUGAAAGAGUUCACCUUGCAGCUUGAAAAGACAGACGCCGCGACAUCAGCCCUUCAGAGAGAAGUCAUGUCGUUGGAGCAGAGUCUCAAGACGACGUCGGACGACGCACUGCAGCAAAAGUUGGACUACUUGAAGGGCGUCGUUUCCAGUAGCAGAAACAUGAAGAAGGCGCUGGAGUUGAAGCACAUCGGCGUGAAAGAGGAGUACAUGGAUCUGAAUAUCUUUCCCAUCGAGGGUGGAUCUGCUAGAUUGUAUGAACUGAAUGAGGUCUACAGCAAGAUGACCUUGCUCUUGUCUGUGUCUGAGCAGAACAUUUACAAAAUCUUGGGCACCCCUACCAACUGGUUUGGGACCCAAGUUGCUGCGCUGGAGUCUUGGCUUAAGAUGCAACCUUUCAAGGCUGGAUCGAUCGUGGUCGGCAGCGCAGCAUUCAUGGCCGGUGUCCUGGCGUUGAUUGCGGAUGCCGGCUGCAAGUGCGGCGCGUGGACUGUCCUGGGACACGUGGCAUUCGGCGCUUGCGUCGGUGGGGGUGUUGCCUUGCUUGGGCUCCUUCUUUUCGCUGGAUACGAGUGCUGCUACCGUCGCAGCCAAGCCAAAUCCGACACUCAAAAGGUUGAAGAGAUGGUGAACUUGUUGAGAACUAUUCCCGACAACCAGUACAUCAAGCAACUGGAUGAUUUGAUUGCCGAUUGCCUUAGCGUUGGGGGUAAGAUCCCUGGGCAUGAAGAUCGCCUCUGUGUUGCCUGCCACAAUGAGGGUUAUGAAGUCGUGGAGCCUGUCCGAGCACGUGGCUGCAAAGGACACCACUACAUGUGCAAGGCGUGCUGGAAGGAGUAUCUUCGAACUCCAGGUGGCCGUGAAGGAAAGUGUCCUGUGUGCAGAGUGUAA